AUGACAUCAGACGGCUCUUCAGAUGACAAUACAAGAGCUAGUUUGUCUAACUCCAAUAGUUUGGAGAAACAGAUAGAUAUAGAGAAACCUUUCCCACCCAAGGAAGCCCUCCAAGAUGACGACCCAAAUACAGAUGGUGGAUACGCGUGGGUUGUAUGUGCUGCAUGUGUGCUUUUCAAUUUUUGUACGUGGGGUAUGAACUCGGGAUUCGCCAUAUACUUUGCAUACUAUUUGAAACACCAGACUUUUGAAGGAGCAGACAAGAUGGAUUACAGUUAUAUAGGAGGUAUCGCUUUUGGAGUAGGUCUUGCAUUUUCACCCGCUAUCACUGUAUGCAUGGGGAUAUUCGGGUUUAAACCGGUGUUGAUAGCUGGGAACUGCUUCCAAUUUACGGCCUUGAUGUUGGCAAGUUGGUCCACAAAGCUUUGGCAAUUGUACUUGACACAAGGUCUAAUGCAGAGCUUUGGUCUAGCUUUCCUUUCAAUCCCUUCAAUCACCUUACUACCACAAUGGUUCAAGAAAAAAAGAGUUUUAGCCGGCGGUAUAGCUUCAGCGGGGUCAGGUUUAGGAGGGGUUGUUUUCAAUUUAGGUAUGCAAAAAGUCGUUGACCAUUCAGGUGUAUUUUGGGCGUUGAGGGCACAAAGUAUUAUCGGGUUUGGGUUAACCUGGAUCGCAAUACUUGCAGCCAAAAGUAAAGCAUCCAAACACAACAUUGAAUUCAAGUUCAUUGACCCAACAGUGUUCAAAACUGCAGGGUUUUACUUGGUUUUAUUCUGGGUAUUGACUUGUAUAUUUGGUUAUGUUAUCGUAUUGUACACAUUGGCCAACUUCACACAGAGUUUAGGUUACAGUGAGCACCAAGGUGCUAUAGUAUCUGCUAUGGUGCAGGUCGGCUCAUUAUUUGGUAGGCCAGUCGUGGGGUAUUUAUCAGACAGGCUUGGUCCUGCUUCAGUGGCUACUGUGGCGUAUUAUCUUGUCGGAAUAUUUUGUUUGGCAAUGUGGAUACCAGCACGAAACUAUGCUACCGUGGUUGUUUUUGCCUUAAUAGAGGGUGCUCUCAUGGGUACCAUAUACGCUAUUAUUGCUCCACUAGUGGCACGAAUUUUUGGACUACGAAAAAUGAAUGUGGUUUUUGGAAAAAUCUGGAGUCUUAUGGGUAUUGCUGGUGUAUUCUCACCAGUAAUCGGUGUCAAACUCGUACGAGGAAGUGGUGCUACUGUUGAUCCUACAAGUUACCAAUAUUGUUCCAUUUUUACUGGUGUUAUUUUUCUAGCUUCUGCAACAACCAUGUUGCUAAUCAGGGGCUACUUGAAAGCAAGAGAUGAGAUAAUAAACAAGGAUGGGCUGGUUGAUUCAGAUCAAGUCGAUAUUACCCAAGUUUCCGUGCCAUUUUUUGCUGUCUUUACGAAUGCAUUAAAAAUAGGUGGAGAAAAAACAUGA